AUGGGUAAACUAAUUAAUUUGAGGCAUCUUGAAAAUUAUGGUGCUGACAGUCUAAAGGGCUUGCCAAAAGGAAUUGGAAGAUUAAGCUCUCUUCAGACACUGGAUGUUUUCAUGUUGAGUAGUCAUGGCCAUGAUGAAUGCCAAAUAGGAGACCUGAGAAACUUGAACAACCUAAGAGGACAUCUUUUCAUUCAAGGGUUGGAUGAAGUGAAAGAUGCAGGGGAGGCAGAAAAAGCAGAAUUGAAGAAUAAGGUACACCUCCAAUAUUUGACAUUGGAAGUUGGUGAAAAGGAGGGGACAAAGGGUGUGGCUGAAGCUCUACAACCCCAUCCAAACUUGAAAUCUCUAUGUAUAUUCCAUUAUGGUGAUAGAGAAUGGCCCAAUUGGAUGAUGGGUUCAUCAUUAGCUCAACUGAAAACACUUUACCUCGCGUUUUGCGAUCGAUGUCCAUGUUUGCCUCCUUUGGGGCAACUGCCUGUCCUUGAGAAGCUGGAUAUAUGGCAUAUGCGUGGUGUGAAAUACAUAGGUAGUGAGUUUUUGGGAUCAUCAUCAACAGUAUUCCCAAAGCUGAAGGAAUUGUCUAUUUCUGGUUUGGAUGAAUUGAAGCAAUGGGAAAUAAAAGGAAAAGAAUAG